AUGGCUUCUUCUAAUCCUUCAAAUGCAAGAGUUGGUGUGGUCAUGGAUGGUACGGCAGGAGUGUUAAUAAGCAAGCUAUUGCUCGGAGACAUUUGUGCUGCAACGGAAGACCCUGACUUCUGUACAGCAGUACUAAGUACCGACCCUCGUACUCCAUAUGCGGAUCUUUUUGGUCUUGCAAGUGUCUCCAUCAAUUUAGCAGUUAUCAACGCUACUGAUACUCAAAAGUGUAUAACUGAGUCCUACAUGAUUGCAUAUCCCGAUCAAACGGUACAAUUACAAGCAUGCAGCUCAGAUUACCAAGUCAUUAUCGCCAAUCUUAAAUUGGUUGGUAAUAACUUGCUGGAUUAUGGUAAUUCUAAGGUAGCAGAUAAAAAACUUGUUGAGGAUGUUAUGCAUCAUAUUACUGAAUGUGAAAAUCAAUUCUCUUCAUGUCACGUGAUUCCAAGUCCGCUGGCAGCCAUAUUAAUUGCCCUAGCAAUGAGGGUCAUCAGGAGAUGCUCUUAUAUAUACCUUCAGUUGCUAGGCAGCUUGGGGGCAGUCAAGAAUAAUACCGUCGGUGUGAUGGUUUCAGCAGAGAUGGUAUCAGAUAUUUGUUCACACACCGCCGACCAUGCCUUCUGUAUCACACUAUUGAAUUUUCCUCCUUCAACUCCAACCAGUGAUCUUCAUACUCUAUCAGUCAAUGUCAACCAUUUUGCGUUAAUUACUGCUGUCUAUACUGUCGCCGAUGUAAUUGAACUUAUCGACAAAGCUACUCCUGAUCUUUUGGAAGUGUUCGCUACAUGUGUUGGGAACUGGCAUGGCGGUAUUCUCGGCGAGAUGUACAAGUUGAAGGUGAUUUGCAUGAUUCUAAUUAUAUAG